GGUUGCAUCGAUACAUUACGGGAGCUCUGUGCAGUUUGAAUUUUUAAACCCUUUUGUACACCGUACUUUUGUUCGCAUACAGCGAAUAUAUUUCUUUGUGGCAUUCCCAAGUGUUCAUUUCAAGCAUUAUUUUCCAGUUCAGUGCCAACGUGGUUAGUUCACUAUGGUGUUAACCUGGAUUUAUAUUUCACUGCUGUGCGUUCUGACGGUUGACUGGUCACAGGCUGCAUGUGACCAGAGCACGUUGACGAGUGAAGCGACGCAGAACUGUGUCAUGGGUUUCACCACCUAUAUCAGCAAGGCAAUGAGUUCCAUGUCGGAUCCCAGUCAGAUGGCCACCGUGUUCUGUUCGGCGGAGGGACAGAGCGCCAUUGCAUGCAUGUAUCCCCUAAUGGAGCAGUGUCCGGAUCUCAUGGCGAACAUGGGAGCUGGAGAGAUGGCGAUGCCCUCUCAGGCGGAUCUGAAGAGGGCCUGCACUCAGAUUCCAUCCGGACCUUGCAUGAAAGCGAUGACGUGCCUAGCCAGUGCUUCCCAAGGGUCCAGCAUGGGUAUGGACGAAAACUUCAUGGCCACAAACAACCUGACCUACCUCCUUCCGGUUAUUGGAAUGACCUGCGGUCCAAUGAAGGAGCAGUUCGACUGUAUAACACCGGAAGUGGAUGAACAGUGUACAGAAAUCACUAACCAGAUAAAGCAAAUGAUCCCCUUGAUGAACAAUGGCAUGCCGGAUGGUAUCGGCUUCCCCGAGUACGACGUCCUGAAAACGUUAAUCAGAACCGGAUGCACAAACGUCCCAGAAGACAUUGCUACCAACAAAUGCGCACGAGACAGAUUGGAGUCUGCGCCAUUUAAGGAGUGUAUGACGAAAGCGAAUGCCGACUUCAAAACUCCAAUGGAGAUGAAGAGCUGCGGAGCCACGGAUGCCAGGCUGAUGUGCCUCAAAGAAUCCGUCGAGAAUGCAUGUGGCAAGAACUAUUACACGGCCCUGGCCACCAAUGGAGACCACUUUCUCACGAUGGACCUCUUCACCUGUGACCGUUCCACGGGCGCCGCCCCGGUCAUCCGUCUGUCCGCCGCUGCUUCGCUUGUAGUUUUAGCUGCUGUCCUUCUUUUGUAAACUCGAUGGUACAUUUUGAUAUUUGAAUACAAAACUGUAGCUGUACCCAUACAGUUUUGCAAUCUGGUUAAAGCACCAUGAUCAAGCCUGUAUAGGAUAUAUGAAGUUUUUAUUUUAAUCAGAUUGUGCAGUUGUGCAUUCAGGUCUUGAAACGUGCUCGUUUCGCCUAAUUGAAGUUUAGGAUAUGACAAUUUUUAACCGUUUAUGUACUCUUUAUAUACUUUGGAUCCCUUGUUCAUGAUGUGACAAUUAUUUAAAAGUUACAUUCAUUUUUUAUGUAGUCUGUAAUGCAAUACUUAUCUGUGUAUAUACAUUGACGUGAUUUCUACAUGUAUACCGGAAGUCGUGAUUUGCAUUACUAAAUGUUCGGCAAACGUUUGCGGAAUAAGAGCCUUACAUAUUGAAGUGACAUUCAAACUACGAACACAGAACAUGUACAGGCGCUCACAAAAAUCUAUGGCAGAGUUAAGUUUACUGAAUAAACUUCCGUCACAGCUUGAAAUUAUUUUAUUAUUAAACUAUUAUUUUAAGCAAUAUCUUUUUUCAUCUCACUUCUCAUUAAGUGGUUAUUUGUUUUCUGCGUUGACAAGAUAAUGUGAGGAUAUAUCCUGUUGUUGAAUUUAUGUGCUACACUAUUCCGGAAGAGUUUUUCAAAAUCUACUAGUAUUGUAUUAAAGUAUCUUGUUUCAUAUACAACCUUAAAUAAGUAGAGUUCUUAAGAUAUGGAUACAGCGAAAACUUAUGUUAGAAGUACACAGAACAGAAACAAAUCUUAAGAUUGGUUUCAUGGUAUACUUAAAAAAAUACAUCGAAGAGCAAACUCUUAAAAUGUAGUCUCGUCUCAAGACAAAAAUGUCUAAUAUUCAGUUGGGCUUACAAUGUUUUGUACAUAAACAAUUAUUCACUGAAACGUCAUAUUGAGGAAAUAUGAACAGGGCAAUAUUUCAGAUCAAUGGUGAAUUUGGGAUGAGAGUUCCAAUGGGGACAUUGAUUGAGAGCGGGGAACAAGUGCCUGUAAUUGUAUAGAUGCCAGGAGCACUGUCGUCCAGACAAGCUGCGAUCAAUAUCCGCUAAUACUUCUGCAAAAUUUACUGAUAAAACAGGGUUAAAGGUCUUGGCUCAAUAUGAUAUUGAAGCUCGACACAAUCUUAUUAUGGACCUGGGGUUAAAUCAGGGUUAACGUUUUUAGAAAUAUUGAUAUUGACUUAUAUUAUUGACCUUUGUGUUUGCCGGAUUAAUUUAUUUCACUUGUAAAGCGUACGCUGGUUUUAAACUUGUUAUGAGCCUAUAGAUCCGUAAGCCUAGAUAUAUUCAAGAACGACGAAUUGGCAGCAAAUCUAGUUUGAAAACAGUCAGAUAUAAAACAAUUCAUACAUACUAAACGCACUUAAUACUGUUAUGUACUUGUUGUCUAGUCAAUAAAUCAAGUCACAUCAACACUCUUGUUAUCUCAGAUCAAUCUACAACAGCAAACUUUUGAGGUAAAUAAUAAAAACAUGCGAAGUAGAAGCUUACAUUAAUAAGAUAUGUAUACGAACGUGAUCUAUUAUCAUUGUUACAUACACGUAUAUUGAUGCAUUUCAGCUACAGUAGUUACUUAUUACCUAACAAGGUGUGAUCGUGUCGUAUUUCAUAACUGUUGCUUUAAGGACCAUUUUACAUAUGUGUAGUUUAUACAUUGUAUAUUUGAAUGAGCGUAUUUUAGAUGAGAUUUAUUUUGUUUAUUAUUGUAGGCAUGGGUUAUAAGAAUAGCUUGUUAGUAUUAGUUUCGAAACAUUUCAUGACAUAUCCCUUUAAUUAAUAUGAAGUGUAUACGUGUUUACAACAAUGAGCCUUGAUUAUAAUAGUUCAAUGGAAACAAAACCUACUGUGACAAUCUAAUAUAAUUUGUUUGUUGCUUUUAGUGCAAUUCGACGUGCAUUUUAUGUGUAAUUUCGGAUGAUUCACAUGUAGUUAUUUAAAAGUAUACCAGGUAGAAUGUGCCUUCAACCACCGUUGAAUUUAGUUGUUUCAUAGUUUUCAAAGUCAGGGUAUUUAGAUCCCUGUCGAUGCAAUGCUGUUACUUUUUCACCGGUAUUCCUACCAAUUGCCAGGCUACCUGUUUUAAGUGUUCAUAUAUGUCGCAUGCUUAUUUAUGUUGUCGUAAUAAAUAAUAAACCAUA